GAGCGCGGGAGGAGAGCGGCAGCCAUUGGCCCCGGGCCCCCGCCCCGGCCCCAGGAGGGGGCGGGGACCGCAGGGGCGGGGGCGCGGCGCUUAAAGGGGCCAGAGGUGGCCGCCCGGCUCUUGUGAGGUGCACAGGCAGGUACAUGCGAAGCGUGUGCUGGGGAAGACGGAUUAAUUCACAAGGGAUUAAUUCUCUGCGGCCCGGGACUGAUUGGAAUCUCGCAACACCCAAAGUAUUGGCACUUCUACCGUAUCCAGAGUUGCACAGAAGCAGCCCUUCCGGUGAGCGGAGACCGAGAAUGGAAUGGGGAAGGCCAGCGGAAAAGCUCUCCCACACCAUGACAGCAGGAAAAGCGAUGAAACCCAAGCGAAAAGAAUAAAAAGAACUGCGGCUACAACUACAGCGGAGAAGAAAUGAGGGGGAAAAAGAAGGCGGGAACCGCCACAGGCAGGUUCGCGUAUGCGGAGGCGUCGGAAGUUGGGAGGCGGGACCGGAAGUUUGGUCGCGGCGCCGGAAGUCUGGAGAUGGCACCGGAAGGCGGACCGCGGUUUCCGGACCUGGCGCCGGAAGAGGCUCGUCAGCGCCGCCGCUUUUCGCGGACUGAAGCGCUCAGGGGUUUGAGCUGCGCGGUGGCCACGCGGUUAUCAGGAGUAGCUCGCUAACGCUUCGGCAGGUUACCAUGUCACACCCGUCUCCCCAGGCAAAGCCCUCCAACCCAAGUAACCCCCGAGUCUUCUUUGAUGUGGACAUUGGAGGGGAGCGAGUUGGUCGAAUUGUCUUAGAAUUGUUUGCAGAUAUUGUACCCAAAACUGCAGAGAAUUUUCGUGCGUUGUGUACAGGAGAAAAAGGCAUUGGACCCACCACUGGAAAACCGCUCCAUUUCAAAGGAUGCCCUUUCCAUCGAAUUAUUAAGAAAUUUAUGAUUCAGGGUGGAGACUUCUCAAAUCAGAAUGGGACAGGUGGAGAAAGUAUUUAUGGUGAAAAAUUUGAAGAUGAAAAUUUCCAUUAUAAGCAUGAUAAGGAGGGGUUACUGAGCAUGGCAAACGCUGGCUGCAACACAAACGGUUCUCAGUUCUUCAUCACAACAGUUCCAACUCCGCACUUGGAUGGGAAGCAUGUAGUGUUUGGCCAAGUGAUUAAGGGCAUGGGUGUGGCAAGGAUCCUGGAAAAUGUGGAGGUGAAAGGUGAAAAGCCUGCCAAAUUGUGCGUUAUUGCAGAGUGCGGAGAACUGAAGGAAGGGGAUGAUUGGGGAAUAUUCCCAAAAGAUGGUUCUGGUGACAGUCAUCCAGAUUUCCCUGAGGACGCAGAUAUAGAUUUAAAAGAUAUAGAUAAAAUUUUAUUAAUAACUGAAGACUUAAAAAACAUUGGAAAUACUUUUUUCAAAUCCCAGAAGUGGGAGAUGGCCAUUAAAAAAUACACAAAAGUUUUAAGGUAUGUGGACGGCGCGAAGGCUGUUUCUGAGGAAGCAGAUGGGUUAAAACUGCAGCCUGUCGCUUUAAGCUGCAUGCUGAAUAUUGGUGCUUGUAAACUGAAGAUGUCCGAUUGGCAGGGCGCAGUCGACAGUUGUUUAGAGGCCCUUGAAAUAGACCCAUCAAAUACCAAAGCACUGUACCGUAGAGCCCAGGGAUGGCAAGGAUUAAAAGAAUAUGAUCAAGCAUUGGCUGCUCUUAAGAAAGCUCAGGAGAUAGCGCCAGAGGAUAAAGCUAUCCAGGCAGAAUUGCUGAAAGUCAAACAAAAGAUAAAGGCACAGAAAGAUAAAGAGAAGGCAGCUUAUGCAAAAAUGUUUGCUUAAAAAGGAAUUCAGUUUUGCUUGUGUGCAUUGAUUGUAUAAAGACAAUAAGAAAAUGUAACGGUUUGUCUAUGUAUGACCCCUAAUGUGUUCCCUUUGAUAGUUCAGUUCCCCAUUGUUUAGUGGGAGGAAAACUGAUAGGGACUCUGUUAAUAAACUAGUAUUAUAAAAUACAGUGAAGUUGAUUUCUUUUUAAAUGGCUGUCUGCAUUAUUCACAACGGAUAAUGAUGUCCAGCCUGUUUUUAAACUCCUAAAGACACAAAUCUUGUUUGAAUAAACAGAUGAAAGCUUAA